AUGGGUACCUUAGCUGCUUGGAACAUAAGGGGUCUGAACCAACCCCUGAAACAAAGUGAGGUUCGUCAUUUUAUUGCUGAGAAUCAAUUAAGUAUUUGUGCAGUUUUAGAAUCCCAUGUGGAUGUAAACAAGCUGAAUAAGAUAUGCGAGAAAGUGUUUAGGAAUUGGAAGUGGACGUCGAAUGGAGAUAUGUGUAGUAGAGGUAUGAGGGUGAUUUUGGGGUGGAAUGCGGAGGACAUUGAUCUUAUGGUUAUAGCUCAAUCCGAUCAGGUCAUUCAUACGCAGCUUUUGUUCAAAUCGGUUAAAAAGAAAAUAUUUUGUUCGUUUGUGUAUGCGGAGAACAAGUAUCAGGAUAGGAGAAGCUUGUGGGAUGAUCUGUCUAAAUUUAGAGGCCUCACUUGUGACACUCCUUGGGUUGUGAUGGGUGAUUUCAACGCUGCUUUGAAUAUGGAGGAUUUUCUCAUGGGUCCGUCUUCCCACACGAUAGCAAUGCGAGAGUUUUAUGAAUGUGUUCAAAUGACGGAACUGAUUGAUAUUAAGACUCACGGGUUGCACUAUACUUGGAAUCAAAAACCAAAGGAUGGGGUAGGAAUGCUAAAGAAGAUCGACCGUAUCAUGGGCAACAUCAAACUCUUAGAGGUUUUUUCGGAUGCUUAUGCCAUGUUUCAGCCAUUUCGUGUUUCGGAUCAUGCUCCGGCCAUACUGAAACUAUUCUCUAUUCAUAGGGAUCGGCCUAAACCGUUUAAGUUCCCAAAUUUUAUUGUGUCUAAGCCUGAGUUUCGUGAAGCUGUCUUGACCGAAUGGAAUAAACCGGUUGAGGGUGUGACCAUGUUCUCAGUGGUGAAGAAGAUGAAGGAUCUGAAAUCGCACUUUAGGAGGAUAUUACGUAAUCAAGGUAAUCUUCAUAAACGGGUUGUUGAUUUACGGAAUGACCUGGAUAAGAUUCAAAAACAGGUGGAAUCUCAGCCGUUUGAUGCCACUCUUCGGGCUUCAGAAGUCAUAUGUCUACGAGAUUUCAAGGCCGCGGUCUAUGAUGAGGAGUGCUUCUUGAAGCCAAAGUCCAAAGUGCAAUGGUUAUGUGCAGGUGAUUCUAACACUUCUUUUUUUUUUGGGUAA